AUGUCUUUCCUCGGGACAUCUCGGACUUGCCAGGCAAGCAGGGCUUGCCCAUAUUAUAUCCGAAGCUUCCAAUCACAGAAACGUCACUUCAGCCGGACACCAUCUGUUGCCGCACCUCUCACCGCGGAGGAAGUCCAAGGCGCUCACAACUACUGCAUUGGUCUACUAUCAAAAUAUGACCGCCCCUCCUAUACACUGAGCACCUUCAUCCCACGCCAUGCCCAAUCCUUCUAUAUCGCGCUACGCGCACUAAACGUCUCCCUCUCCAUGAUCCCGGACACAACCUCCUCCCCCACAAUCGGGCUAAUGCGACUCCAAUUCUGGCGCGACGCCGUAACCAAGAUUAUCGCCGGCACCCCACCAAAAGAACCCGUCGCCAUCCUGCUUGCAUCCGCCAUUUCCGAGUUACACGAGCGUACAGAGGGCCAGGCACGGAUAAGCAAAGGCUGGCUGAUGCGUCUCAUCAACUCGCGAGAGCAAACUUUGACAAAUGACCCGUAUCCUAAUAUCGCCGCGCUCGAGUCGUACGCUGAGAACACAUACUCGACGCUCAUGUACCUGACUCUGUCUGCCUUGCCUAUGGCCUCGGUGACUGCCGACCAUGUUGCGUCGCAUAUUGGUAAGGCGGUGGGUAUCGCCGCUGUGCUGCGUGGACUGCCGUUUGUUGCUUUCCCCGCGCCGCCGGCUCAGGCACCGCCUGGUGGAGCUGCGGGCUCUGCCGUUGGUGGUGGUGCGAAGCAGGGUGCUGUUAUGUUGCCACUGGAUGUUAUGGCUCAGGCGGGCGUUAAGGAAGAGGAUGUGCUCCGGAAUGGAGCUCAGGCGGAGGGCCUGAGAGAUGCAGUCUUUACUGUUGCGACAAGGGCAAGUGAUCAUUUGAUUACGGCGCAGCAGAUGUUGAGUAAUCUGAGGGCUGGGGAGGAUGUUGGUCAUGAUUUUGAGCACGAGGGUGAGGAGGGUCAUGAAUAUGAUGUUUCCCCUGGUCGAAGCGGCGAGUCUCCUCUCGAGGAGGUGAAUAGGGCAUUUGGCGUCUUCAUGCCGGCGGUUGGCGCACGCUUGUGGUUGGAUCGCUUGCAGAAGCAGGACUUUGAUAUCUUCAGCCCAGCCUUGCUCCGGUCAGAUUGGAGACUUCCGUGGAAGGCCUAUUCGGCUUAUCGUCGGAAGUCUCUUGAUUGA